AUGCUCCUGCUUACAUUAGCGUUAAGAAUCAUCAAAUUAAAUAUCUCAAUGAAAAAUUAUCAAUAUAUGCUGAGUCUGAUUAGAAUAACAUCUUAACUUAAUUCUAUUUAGAAAUUCCUCUCCUUAAUCAAACUCAGUAGGCUGUAGAAUGGUACUAUGGUGUUGAGUAUAACUAAACUUGAAUCCAAAAUUGUGGUUGCAUUUGAGUAAAAAAAAAAUGACAAAUUCUAAAUUCUAAAUUUGGUUGGACCUAAACAAGCAGCUAUUAUUCUCAUUUUCAUAUUAGAUCGGUUAAGACAUGGAGGACUUUUCUAAUUUACUUGA